AUGGCAGCACCCACAGACGCGCCCACCGCACCCACAUACGAAGAGCUCAUCGCCCUCGAGCAAGACUUUGACGACGUAGACCUCGAGAUUCUCCGCCAACAAUCCCGCCUCUCCGAACCCCUCUACAGCAAACGCGCCGCCCUCGUCUCCCAAAUCCCGCACUUCUGGCCUCUCGUCCUCGAGCAAUCUCCCCCCGAACUCGACACCUUCAUCCAGCCGUCCGACUCCGCGCUCUUCGCCGACUGCCUCACCGCCAUCCACGUCGAGCGCUUUGAGCUAGACACGUCACCACGCAGCAUCGCGCUCAAGUUCGAGUUUGCGCCGAACGAGUACUUCGAGGAUGCGGUGCUGGAGAAGAAGUUUUGGUAUCGGCGCAGCAAGGCCGGGUGGGCGGGGCUGGUGAGCGAGCCGGUCAAGAUCCGCUGGAAGAAGGGCAAGGAUCUUACGAAGGGGCUCACGGAUGCGGCGGUUGCGUUGUGGGAGGCGCGUCAGAAGGUGGCUGAUACGACGGCGGUGAAUGGGAAGGAGACUGCGAAUGAUAAGGGCAAGGGCAAGAAGGCGGGGCAGCUGCCGGAGUACACAGCGCUGGCGCGGAAACUGGAAGCGAAUGACCCCAGUGGGGCAAGCUUCUUUUGCUUCUUCGGGUUCGUGGGCGCGAAGAGGUGGAUCAGUGCUGAGGAGAAUGUGGAGGCGAUGAGGGAGGAGCGGGAGCGGAGGGAAAGGCGGAGGAGAGGAGAGAAGGUUGAGGAAGAGGAGAUGGAUGAAGAAGAGAAGGUGGAUGAAGAAGAGGACCAGGCUGAUGUGGAGAUCUUUGCGGGGGGUGACGAGGUCGCCAAUGUCAUUGCGGAGGAUCUGUGGCCGAAUGCUAUCAAGUAUUUCACUUCUGCACAGGAGAUGGACGACGAGAACAUGUCUGAUAUGGAGUUCGAGGACGCAAGCGGUGGUGAGAGCGAAGAGGAGGUCGAUAUCAGAGGGCUUGUGGGGAAGGGUAAGAAGAGUGCCGAGAGCUCUCCGCCACCUAAGAAGCGAAGGACUUGA